AUGACUCAAGAGCAGUGCGAGGAAAUGUCAAAUUUAUAUUUUGUUUUCGUGGUGAUCGCUGUUACUGCUACUGCAUCUCAUGCGCAGCCCAGGGCCUCCGCAAGCAGUGUUAAUCAUAGGCAUCGUGUAGAUGUCGCUGCUGUGAAACCAAAACAAGAUGACACGCAAUGGACACGACAUGCAGUCUUGGACAAAAUCAAAGACGGCAAGAUCCACUUGUUUUGGAAUUAUGACAAGGAACAGCAAGAGCUUUUGUUUGAAGUUCAAGCACAGGUCACUGGUUGGGUUGGA